AUGGAGAUGUUUGAAAAGAAAGACCAAACCAGUCCUACUCCUUCGAGUGCAUCUUACCAUCACGAGAAGAAAGUGGGUUCACCUAUUCCUGCAUUUUCCUCAACAUACUCUUCAUCCGCGUCAUCUCUGCACAACAGUAAUCCACGUUUUUCGGCUACUCCAUCACCGAACGAUUCUGGAUAUGAUGCAGGUGUAAGCGAUUCACCCAAAGAUUCGGACACUUCUUCACGGACGUAUCUCUCGGCUCAGUCUUCCUCAGAUUCCAUUACGCCUACGACUGCCGUUCAUAAAGAGCCUCUCGUCACUGGCCAACAAUCUACGUCUACGAGCUCACCAGCCAAUGUACCGCAACAUGAAGAGCCACCAUCUGAUGUGGUAGAAGGUCUCAGAGCCGUAGCACUGUGGGAUUAUCAAGCUGCGGAUGGUACGGAAAUUUCCUUCGACCCCGAUGACAUCAUUACGGAAAUUGAUCAGGUGAGUAUUCCGCUAUAA